AAGGAUGGGGUUGAAAAAUGCACAUGCAUACAUUAAAAAAUAAAAUGCAAGCAUUUUAUUUAGUUUGCCAUCCGGUCCGAGUUUCGAAUCUACUACGCAUGCGCAAUUGAUGGGGUUGGGGUGGAAACGGAAAUAAAGAGGAUAAUAAAUAACAGGCAAAACUGGAAUGAGCCACAACACAACAAUUGUCAGUCGCCGCCUUGUGCUACAUAUCCAUCCUUAACUAAAUAAGUAGUUGUAAAAAGAAAAGAAAAGCUUGGAACUAGCAUAACCAGUUCGCUAGAUCCUGUUUAUCAUCUAAUGUCUGGUAGACGUUACUAUUUCGGAGCAGAGCAACGAUACAAUAAAUCCGGCGAUAAGGACUGUCACGAUGAUGAGCCAUUGUAUCCUUGCGACGACAACAACAAUAGCAACAGCAACAACGUUAAUGCGAACAAUGAUCCCGAACCGGACGCUGACGCCGACGUUGACGGUGACGCUGACAAGGACGAGUUUGACUCGGAGUUCUUGCAAGAUGUUCCAUACUCGUCCAGCAGCAUUGACCGCAGCUCCAUUGGCUCCAUACCCUGGGCGGAUGAUGCCAUCAAAAAGAAUAAACUGGAUUGGGAGCGGGUCGACCGCAUGCUGAGCGGUGAGGAGGCGCUGCCAGAACAGGAAGUGGAACUACGGCACGAAAUCGCCGAUUGGCAACGCAAAUUCCCCAGCUUAUUAGGUCGCAAAGCGAAGCCACUGACACAGCAGAGUUUCGACAAUGGUCGUCAUCCCACAGUGCCAGAUGAUUCAGCGGAAAUAGACUCUAUGUCGGAUCUGAGCCUCAACUCUCUAGACGAUUAUGAUGAACGGGAUGAGGAUGACGAUGGGUUUCUAACGCCAACAGCCGACCGUCCGCAUCUACGGGAGCAGGCAAGGCCAACGAAUCGCCCUUAUCUGCGUUCCACACAAAAUCAACAUCUGGUGGCCAUGCUCGACAGGGAUUUACGCAUCACAUCUGUGGCGCUCAAUCUUCGCAAGCGUGAGCACUCCAAACAGCCUCCUCAGCCAGCCCCUGUCCCGACCACGCCCCAAUCGGCAACGGUAACGCGCUCACGCCUUCGAAUGCCUCCAAUACUCAAUGUUUUGGACUCGAAUCGCCGCUUUCGCGGAUUGCUAAACAAUCGGAGUUUCGUGCAACUGACGCAGGUGCAACAGCAACCCAAAUCGGCAGCAUUGACCUAUGCGAGCAGCGCGGAGAGACGGCAGCAGGCUGGGAUUAGAUCCGCUUGGAAUAUGCCCAUGGCGGCCAGUCGAUUCCUCAGCAACAAACAUGCCAUUGUUCUGCCUUCACUUAAUCGUCACAGGGAUUUCACCACGACUGCAACCACAUCAAGUCAAAGCAUUUCCAGCGGAGCCGGCAACAGUUCAUCAUUGGGAUCAACGCGACGCGGAACGGGUCACAACAAUGUCCAUCAGCAGCCGCAUCCGCACCUGCAUCAACAUCAGGUGCCAUAUGGCCUGGCCUUGGGGGAGGUCUCAACGAAUGCAAACAACACUCCCUCAACGGGUCGUUCCAUCUCGGCGGCAAUUCAUCAUCCACGCUCGGAGUUUGCCACCAGCAGUGCCUUCUAUGUACCGUACAGUGCCUCAAAAUUUAAAGCCUUUAAGUAGCCAAAAAUCUUAACUUGUAUACAACAACCAGCAAUAAAGUUUAACCUUAACCAAGAA